AUGUUGGAUACUGGACAAUGUAAACCCAAAUUCUACGUUCUCAAUAUCACCAGUCGACAUAUCACGACAACGAAUUUGAGUGGCGGUGUGAUACAUAUCCGCUCGAAGCGUUGUAUUAAUAGUAAAGGAAUAACUUUAAAGUAUCUCCUAGGACAGAUGACAAUAAGUGGAUGGACUUUCUUCAAAGGAGUUACUUACAUAUUUCGAAUAAAUAAUGAUGAAGAUGAAUGGGUAUAUGAUGAAGAACCACAUGUGGCUAGAAGAAAGGAAAUAUUAGCCAAAUAUCCAGAAAUUAAAGCAUUAAUGGGACCAGAUAUUAAACUUGCUUAUAUGAGUUCAGCAGAAGUUCUUAUACAACUGAUAAUGACUGUUCUAAUAUCAUAUUAUCAACCAUCAUGGUUAACAUGGUUAAUAUUAACUUAUGUAAUCAGUGGAACAAUUAAUCAUUCACUUGGUUGUGCUAUACACGAAGUUGGGCAUAAUUUAGUCUUUGGACAUAAAUAUGGUAAAGCGAAUCGUAUAUAUUCAAUAUUUAUUAAUUUACCAAUGGGUUUACCAAUUGCUAUAUCAUAUAAAAAAUAUCAUCAAGCACAUCAUAGAUGGUUAGGUCAUGAAGACGGGGAUGCAGAUAUGCCAUUACGUCUUGAAGCCAGACUGUUUACACAUCCUGUCAGUCGACUUAUAUGGAUUAUUAUUCAUCCAGCAUUUUAUGCAUUUCGACCAUUUAUAAAAAAUCCAUUACCGUUGACAGUAUGGGAGAUUAUAAACUUUUUUGUACAAAUUACAUUCAAUAUAGCUGUAUGGUAUUAUUUAGGUAUAUGGUCAUUAGGUUAUUUAAUUAUUGGUACACUACUUGGAUUAGGAUUACAUCCAUUAUCUGGACAUUUUAUCAGUGAACACUAUCUAUUUGCUGAUAAUCAAGCAACGCAUUCAUACUAUGGAAGUGGGAAUUAUUUAAUGUAUAACUUGGGAUAUCAUGUUGAACAUCAUGAUUUUCCGUAUAUUGCAUAUACACGUUUACCGAAGUUGAAAGAGAUUGCUGCAGAGUACUAUGAUCAUUUACCGUAUCAUACAUCGUUGUGUAAAGUUCUCUGGGAUUUUGUAUUUGCUCCAAACAAUGGCCCACAAGCUCACUGUGUCAAUUCUCAAGAUCUAUCAAAGCCAGAAAUCUAUAAUAACAUUAACAUCAACAACAACAACACCAACUUAUCAAGUAAUUUAUUGAAAUGUGCUAAUGCAGCUUUAUCGAAAUCCUCAUUAUCGUCAUCAUCGAAAAUUGAAAAUGCCAUAAAGAGAAAGUCUGCGUAAUGUUUUGAUUUAGCACGUCGAACUCCUCCCAUUUGUCUCUCCGUGUCGAUGUUAUCCACCCGUUCAUGAUUGUAGUUUUCUGACAACUGAAUCUACUCCCAUGUUGCUGUGAUUUAUUAUAUAACUUAUUAGGCAAUCAACACUCUAUGUAUCCUUUUACACAAACAUAACUACCGAGGGGAAAUAAUCAGACUAACUACUCCAUUAAUUUAUUUAUUGGCUUUGACCUCUUAUUUACUUACUAAACACAAACUUCUGUGUUCACUUUACAUGUUUUCACAGUGAUCGCUUGGCAUCUUCGAGCAGUGAAUUUCUACUUAUUAACUCAUGAUAAUAAUAAUAAUCAGUUUUAUGUACUAUAGUUCCUCUUCCACUAUUUUCUCCUAUUUUACCCCUUUAUACAAUACUAGUUGUCAUGCAUUUUUGUUUAAAUGUAUGUAACAUGGGUGUUUGUGUAACUGUGUCUUAUCCCAUUUCAAUAUGUAUAACACUUACUGUCUCUGAGUUGUAUGCAUCAGUUUUCCAAUGUGUUUACAGUUGUCUGUGUGGGAUGUUUUAUAUACUUGUGUUAUGUGUGUGUGUGCCUUAUUACCCACUUUCUGUUCUGUUUUUUUACCCUACUCUGUGAUUGUUUUUGAAAUGCUCAACUUUUAAUAUGACGAAAAAAUAUACCGAUAUGUGUUUAUUGAAGAUAAACCUAAUGAUAAUUACACAAUCGUAAUUAUAUUUAACAAAAAGAAAGCAUAAGACCAAUCAGACACUGGUUAAAAUUUGUCCUCGAAGAAGGUAUUACGUAAUGUAAGGUGUAGUCUAGAAGGGGUGACAAAUUGGAAAUUAGAAAAGAGGUCUGAAACCUGGAAUUCAAAGGUGACACUGAAGCGCGAAU